CCUAUCAGACCAAAGAUUGAUAAAAACGGGACGCAAUCUGUUUUGAUAAGAGGACGAAAGAAAGAAGAAGAACAAAAGUCAAAAAUAUAUCUCCUCCACACCUCUCUUUCUCUCUAUUGAUUCUAUCGCUCUCUUUCUCUGUCCGACGAUACCAAAAGGAUUUUCUUUUCUAUUGACGAUUAUAAAGUAAAAAGAGCAGCUUUGAGAAUUUGAUUGUUGAUAUCCAAGGAUUUGGAAGCUAGUUUUGGUUUUAGGACGUUAUCCUUUUCGAUUAUGAGUGCAUCAUGGGCUGAUGUGGCUGACUCAGAGAACACGGGUUCUGGGUCUUUUAAUCAGAAUUCUCAUCCCUCACGACCUGCUUAUGUUCCUCCACAUCUAAGGAACAGGCCUGCAACUUCUGAGCCUGUUGCUCCUUUGCCAGCUAAUGAUCGUGUAGGCUUUGGUGGUCCACCUUCUGCCUCUCGAUGGGCUCCUGGUGGUAGUUCUGUUGGUGUUGGUGGUGGUUAUAGGGCUGAUGCAGGUCGCCCUGGCUCUGGCUCUGGCUAUGGUGGACGAGGAGGUGGUGGUUGGAACAACAGAAGCGGAGGCUGGGACCGUAGGGAACGUGAAGUAAACCCCUUUGAUAAUGAUGAUUCCGAACCAGAACCAGCCUUUUCUGAGCAGGAUAAUACCGUCAUUAAUUUUGACGCCUAUGAAGAUAUUCCAAUUGAGACCAGUGGGGAUAAUGUGCCUCCUCCUGUUAACACAUUCGCAGAGAUAGAUCUCGGGGAGGCCUUGAAUCUAAAUAUCCGUAGAUGCAAAUAUGUUAAGCCAACACCUGUACAGCGUCAUGCGAUCCCGAUAUUGCUUGAAGGGAGGGAUUUGAUGGCCUGUGCUCAGACAGGGUCUGGGAAGACAGCUGCUUUUUGCUUUCCAAUUAUUAGUGGGAUAAUGAAAGAUCAGCAUGUACAGAGACCCCGUGGUUCACGAACAGUCUACCCUCUUGCAGUUAUUCUCUCACCAACAAGAGAGUUGGCAAGUCAGAUACAUGAUGAGGCUAAAAAGUUCUCCUACCAAACUGGUGUGAAGGUGGUUGUUGCAUAUGGAGGAACACCUAUUAACCAGCAGCUCCGGGAACUUGAGAGGGGAGUCGAUAUUCUUGUGGCAACUCCUGGUCGAUUAAAUGAUUUGCUCGAGAGAGCUAGAGUCUCUAUGCAGAUGAUUAGAUUUUUAGCUCUUGAUGAGGCCGAUAGAAUGCUUGACAUGGGUUUUGAACCACAAAUUAGAAAGAUUGUCGAACAAAUGGACAUGCCUCCACGUGGAGUUAGACAGACACUGUUGUUUAGUGCUACUUUUCCCAGAGAAAUUCAGAGACUGGCAGCUGACUUCCUAGCGAAUUAUAUAUUUUUGGCUGUGGGUAGAGUGGGUUCAAGUACCGAUUUAAUUGUCCAAAGGGUUGAGUUUGUCCUUGACUCUGACAAAAGAAGUCAUCUCAUGGACCUGCUUCACGCUCAGAGAGAGAAUGGCAUCCAAGGCAAGCAAGCGCUGACCUUAGUUUUUGUGGAGACAAAGAGGGGAGCUGACUCUUUGGAAAAUUGGUUGUGCAUCAAUGGGUUUCCAGCAACCUCCAUUCACGGUGACAGAACACAACAGGAAAGAGAAGUGGCACUGAAAGCCUUCAAGAGUGGGAGAACACCGAUUUUGGUUGCAACCGAUGUAGCAGCACGUGGCCUUGACAUUCCCCACGUGGCUCAUGUGGUCAACUUCGAUUUACCAAAUGACAUUGAUGACUAUGUCCACCGUAUUGGACGAACAGGACGUGCUGGCAAGUCAGGACUAGCAACUGCCUUCUUCAACGAUGGCAACACCUCACUGGCCAGACCGCUCGCUGAGCUGAUGCAAGAAGCUAACCAGGAAGUCCCUGCGUGGCUCACACGGUAUGCAUCACGGUCUUCUUUUGGUGGUGGUAAGAACCGGAGGUCUGGUGGUCGGUUUGGUGGCCGUGACUUUAGAAGGGAAGGGUCUUUCGGUAGAGGAGGUGGUGGAGGAGGAGGAUAUGGGGGCGGAGGAGGCUAUGGUGGCGGAGGAGGAUAUGGUGGCGGAGGAGGCUAUGGCGGUGGAUAUAGUGGUGCUCCAAGUGGAGGAUAUGGCGGAGAACCUCCAAGUGCUUGGGACUAAGCUCCCAAUGUUUUUUUUUUUUUGUUUUGGUUAUAACUUUUGACAAAAAAAUUCUUCUACAUUCACAAAGAGAGAGUAUGUAUUGCCCCUUACACCUAUGAGAUUUCUUCACUCAAGUGAUGGAUAUAUAACAAUUGUUGAUGUUUUAGGUGUUUUUAGGCGUUAUUAGUAGGGGUAAGUCGUCAGUUUCACAAUUUUUGUGUAUCCAAAUUUUUAUCAUGUUGUUGGUUUCUUAUCAACUAUACUUGUUAGUUCUGA